CCCCACCCGGCUCUAACCUGCCUGCGGCCAGACACCUUGCGUAGAGUUGAGGAACUAGUUUGGCAAGUCCUGAGCCAGCUUGCGGAGGGAGCGGAGCGCCAUUGGAGGGCUGGGAGAGCCCGAGCCAACCCCAGGCGGCUGGUGCGCCUCUGCCCUGGUAGCGGGGCGAGGCGAGCAUGCAGGUGUAGGGCGGGAAACGCUGCCAGGAGCGGCCGGAGGAGCCCGCGGGGAGCCCAAGUUUCCGCGAGAGUGUUUGCAGACUGCUGGCAGAAUGCAUUCAGACAGGGAUUCAGAGACCACCUUUGAUGAGGACUCUCAGCCAAAUGAUGAGGUAAUGCCCUACAGUGAUGAUGAAACAGAAGAUGAAUUGGAGAGUCCGCUGCCUGCGGUUGAACCAGAGCAAAACCGAAUUAACAGAGAGGCUGAGGAGAGCAGAGAACCGGUUAAGAAAGAUUGCAGCUGGCAAGUUAAGGCAAAUGAUCGAAACUUCCACGAACAACCCCAGUUUAAGAAAACAACAUUUCUAUGCUUCAAGAAAAGCAAAUAUGCUGGGAAUGCAAUUAAGACCUACAAAUACAAUGCAAUUACCUUUUUACCAUUGAAUUUGCUAGAACAGUUUAAAAGAGUGGCCAAUUUCUAUUUCCUGGUUCUUCUUAUUUUACAGACAAUUCCUCAGAUAACUACUUUAUCGUGGUAUACAACACUAGUGCCUUUGCUCUUGGUGCUUGGGAUAACUGCAAUCAAAGACCUAGUGGAUGACAUCGCUCGCCAUAGAAUGGAUAAUGAGAUUAAUAACCGGACAUGUGAUGUUAUCAGGGAUGGAAGGUUCAAAACUGCUAAAUGGAAAGAUAUUCAAGUUGGAGAUGUCAUUCGUCUGGAGAAAAAUGCCUUUGUUCCUGCUGAUAUUCUGCUGCUGUCCAGCUCGGAACCUAACAGCCUUUGUUACGUAGAGACAGCUGAACUAGAUGGUGAAACUAACUUAAAGUUCAAAAUGUCACUUGAGGUAACAGACCGAUAUCUCCAAGAAGAAAAUGCAAUGGCAGAAUUUGAUGGUUUUAUUGAAUGCGAAGAACCCAAUAAUCGCCUAGACAAGUUUACAGGAACAUUAUUCUGGAGAAGCAGGACUUAUCCACUGGAUGCUGAUAAAAUUUUGUUGCGUGGCUGUAAAAUCAGGAAUACAGACUUCUGCCAUGGAGUGGUCAUAUUUGCAGGAGGAGACACAAAAAUAAUGAAAAACAGUGGAAAGACCAGAUUUAAAAGGACUAAAAUUGACACUCUCAUGAACUACAUGGUUUACACGAUCUUUGUUGUAUUGAUCCUCCUGUCAGCUGGCCUUGCUAUUGGACACACUUAUUGGGAGCAACAGAUUGGCAAUACUUCUUGGUACCUCUAUGAUGGUGAAGACUACAGCCCUCCGUACCGUGGCUUCCUUAAUUUUUGGGGCUACAUCAUUGUUCUUAACACUAUGGUUCCCAUUUCUCUCUAUGUGAGUGUUGAAGUGAUUCGUUUAGGCCAAAGCUAUUUUAUAAACUGGGAUCUGCAAAUGUAUUACCCUGAGAAGGAUACACCUGCUAAGGCCCGAACCACCACUCUGAAUGAACAGCUUGGACAAAUCCACUACAUCUUCUCAGAUAAGACAGGAACGCUUACACAGAACAUCAUGGCAUUCAAAAAAUGCUGCAUAAAUGGACAAACAUACGGAGAAUCCAGGGAUGAGUCUGGACGACAUCAAAACCAUGAAGAGCAAGUUGAUUUUAGCUGGAACAUGUAUGCAGAUGGGAAACUCGCGUUUUGUGAUCAUUAUCUGAUAGAACAAAUUAGAUGUGGAAAGGAGACUGAAGUUCGACAAUUCUUUUUUCUGCUUGCAAUUUGCCACACGGUAAUGGUGGAUGCUUCUGAUGGUCAGCUCAACUAUCAAGCGGCCUCCCCAGAUGAAGGAGCCCUGGUAACAGCAGCCAGAAACUUUGGAUUUGCUUUUCUUUCACGAACUCAGAAUACCAUUACUAUAAGUGAGAUGGGGAUUGAAAGAACUUAUGAUGUUCUUGCUAUCUUGGACUUCAACAGUGAUAGAAAACGAAUGUCUGUUAUUGUAAGAGAACCAGAUGGAAACAUUAAACUUUACUGUAAAGGAGCUGAUACAGUAAUUUAUGAACGUUUGCAUCCAAUGAAUCCUCAGAGACAGAUUACACAGGAAGCACUAGAUAUUUUUGCAAAUGAGACCUUGAGGACAUUAUGCCUCUGCUACAAGGACAUUAGUCAUGGUGAAUAUGAAGCAUGGAAUAAAAAGUUCAUGGAAGCUAGUGUAGCUGCAAGUAACCGUGAUGAAGCCCUGGAUAACGUAUAUGAAGAAAUAGAAAAAAACCUUAUUCUCUUGGGUGCUACAGCUAUUGAAGACAAACUACAGGAUGGUGUUCCAGAAACAAUUUCCAAACUUGCAAAGGCGGACAUUAAAAUCUGGGUGCUUACUGGUGACAAAAAAGAAACUGCUGAAAACAUUGGAUUUUCUUGUGAACUUUUAACAGAUGAAACUACAAUCUGCUAUGGAGAGGAUAUCAGUGCUCUUCUUCAAACAAGGUUGGAAAACCAGAAUAACAAAGCUGAAUCGAAUAUAAACUCCUCUCAAAGAAAGAAUGAGCCAUUCUUUCAAUCUGGUAGAAAUCGUGCUUUAAUAAUCACUGGUUCCUGGCUGAAUGAAAUCCUUUUAGAGAAGAAAAAGAAGAAGAAGAAACUUCUAAAACUGAAAUUUCCCAGAACAGCAGAAGAGAAAGAAAAGCAAAUUCAGAGUAAAAGGAGAGCUGAUGCUAACAAAGAACAGCAACAAAGAAACUUUGUAGACUUAGCAUGCGAGUGCAGUGCAGUGAUCUGCUGCCGCGUAACUCCCAAGCAGAAGGCCAUGGUGGUGGAGCUGGUGAAGAAAUAUAAAAAAGCUAUAACUUUGGCUAUAGGGGAUGGUGCCAACGAUGUAAACAUGAUCAAAACUGCUCAUAUUGGUGUUGGAAUUAGUGGACAAGAAGGCAUGCAAGCAGUCAUGUCAAGUGACUAUUCUUUUGGACAAUUCAGAUACCUGCAAAGAUUACUAUUAGUUCAUGGCCGAUGGUCCUAUAUAAGGAUGUGCAAGUUCUUACGAUAUUUCUUCUACAAAAACUUUGCAUUUACGCUAGUACACUUCUGGUACUCAUUCUUUAAUGGCUAUUCUGCCCAGACCGCUUAUGAAGAUUGGUUUAUCACGCUUUACAACGUGUUAUAUUCCAGUCUUCCAGUUCUUCUGGUUGGCUUGCUUGACCAGGAUGUGAGUGACAAACUUAGUCUUCGGUUCCCUGGUUUGUAUAUAUCUGGACAGCAAGACUUGCUUUUUAACUACAAGAAAUUCUUUGUAAGCUUAAUACAUGGAAUUAUAACAUCACUGAUUAUUUUCUUCAUACCGUACGGAGCUUAUCUUCAAACCGUGGGGCAAGAUGGAGAGGCACCUUCAGACUACCAAUCAUUUGCUGUCACUGCAGCCUCUUCUCUCAUAGUUGCAGUCAAUUUUCAGAUGGGUUUGGAUACCUCUUACUGGACUUUCGUUAAUGCUUUCUCAAUAUUUGGGAGUAUUGCACUUUACUUUGGUAUCAUGUUUGACCUUCACAGUGCUGGAAUACAUGUUCUCUUCCCAUCUAGCUUUCAGUUUACAGGGACUGCUCCAAAUGCUCUAAGACAGCCAUAUCUCUGGUUGACAAUACUUUUGUCAGUUGCAAUUUGUUUGCUUCCUGUUGUUGCACUAAGAUUUUUGUCAAUGACAAUUUGGCCUUCAGAAAGUGAUAAAAUUCAGAAGAACCGUAAGAAAUACAAGGCUGAAGAACAGUGGAAGCGAAGGCAGAGCACUUUUCGUCGAGGGAUAUCAAGCCGUCGUUCUGCUUAUGCUUUCUCACAUCAACGGGGAUAUGCUGAUCUUAUUGCUUCUGGACGUAACAUACGUAAAAAACGAGCACCUUUAGAUGCUGUGCUACGCCACAAGGUGGCUGAAGGUAGACAAGUUGGUGAAACCAGCUGAUAAUUGUCUAGGAUUUAAGUUCUAGAAGACAGGCUUUUUAGCAGAAUGAUUGCACAAAGAAUGUUUAUUUUUUAUGGAAGACUCAGGAUUUUUUUAAAAACCAGAUGACAUGAGGCUAUGAAGAUUUCACAAUUUUCUUACAAAACUGCUUGGUUUGGGACUAUUGAAAAAUAAAAAAAACAAGAGGUGUUUUUUUGUUUUGUUUUUUAAAUAAAUCCUAAUCCUUGUGCAAAUGUAAUGUGAAACUGAAGGAUAUAUAAAAUUCUAGGGUCUAAAAACCUAGAGUUUUAAUUUUUUAAAUGAUGCUUGGAACUGCUAAAUUUUAUCCCUUUUUUAAAAAAAUUAGAAUCAUGAAAUAAAAUUGCAGCACACAUUUCAUACCUUACUUUAAAGAUGAACAGCUGAGAAGCAAUCAAACUGUAUGUGCCACUUUGUUAAACAAUUUUAUUUAUACAAUGGUAAAGGUGAAUUAGAUUAAUAUUUUUUUUCUUUGGGGGAGCCAUGCCAUCUGACCUUUUAUACAAUUAAAUUAGGCUCCAUGAUGGUAUGUUGUAGUCACUCACAUACUUGGAACAGAUGAACACAUUUUAGUGAAAAUACGAUCUCAGUUAUAGGUGUGGUUACAGUCCAUUCCUGUUUACAAAAUGGUUGUCUAUUGCACUUUUUUCACUUUUACGGUUCCAUCACUGGCUUGGUUUAUUCUUUAAAUAACUUCUCUGUGUCUCAGGAGGAGAGUGAUGUGGAGUUUUUGAAACACUUUCCCUGAAAUAUUUGUGUGUCUAUCUUCUUGUACAGUAUUUUAUGAAGUUAUUUGGUUAUUGGAAAACUGCCUUUUGAAUUGACAGAUGUGAUUGUUCAUUUCAGUUGAGUUUCAUAAUGCAAUACACAUUGUAAGACUAGAUAAGGAAGAAUAGUCCACUUUUAAGUUGAACAUACUUCAUUUGGUAAUUGUUCUACAGUGUCCUUUUUUUGUACAUAUUACACACACACUCUCUCUCACUCACUCGCUCACCUAGUUUCUUUAACUUUAGGAUGUAUAAAUGUUUCACCUUUUUUUAAUAUAAUACUGACUUACACCGGCAUUAAUAACUGUUCCAAUGUUUUUUAAUAGGGCAUAAACCCAAUGUGUACAGUUAAUCUUUUAGAUAUAAGCAAAGAAGUGUACAUUUCAUAAUUUUAAUGGAGCAAAUGCAAGAAAGUUUACAGUUUUUUCUUUUAAUAAGUAAAUGGAUGGGAGCAGUAUAGUUAAUUUUAAAGAAAAGGAAGUGUAUAAUUUCAAUUUCUCUCAUUGAGAGAUGUGGGAAUGGUCGACAAUACAAAUGUCAGUCUUCUAAAUUGGGUGCAAUAUUAAUUUUAAUAUGCAAAUUGAUAUGGAUAUAUUCCAUUUACAUGUAAGUGAGGCUUAAUAUGUAACAUAUUUUGUUUAUAGAUAAUAAAUACUUUCAUAAAAUGUCUUACAUUUUUAAUCUUUUGACCAAUGUGGAAAACAAAGUGGUUUUUACCAUUUUUAUGUUUUAUUUGAAUGAUUAUUAAACAAUUCUGCGUAAAUGAGGUUGAUGCUA